GCUGGCAGCAGCCGGGAUUCCCUGCUCGGGCUCGGCGCGGUGCCUCCGUCCCUCCCGUCCCGUCCACGCGUAGCGGCCCUGCGGGCCCGCGGCUCUCGCUAAAGCACCGAUACCCCUCGGGCCGCUCUCCCGUCCCCUCUGCAAAGGGUCUCACCCUGCGGCCGCGAUGAAAGUCACCUCCCUCGACUGCCGGCAGCUGCGGAAGCUCCUGCGGAAGGAACCCUCCCGCUGCCUGGUGCUGGACUGCCGCCCCUACCUGUCCUACUCGGCCUCCUGCCUCCGGGGCUCCCUCAACGUCAACCUCAACUCGGUGGUGAUGCGGAGAGCCCGCGGCGGGGCCGUGCCGCUCCACUUCGUUGUCCCCGACGCGGCCGCCCGCUCCCGGCUGCUGUUGGGCUCCGAGGGGGCGGCGGGGGCGGCUCGCCUGGCGGCCGUCGUGGUGCUGGACCAGGGUACGGGGCACUGGCAGAAGCUGAAGAAAGACAGCACGGCGCAGAUCGUCCUCAACGCGCUGCUCUCCAGUCUCCCAGAAGCCGGGGCCAGGGUCUGCUUCCUGAAAGGGGGCUAUGAAACCUUCAAUUCGCAAUAUCCUGAGUGCUGCGUGGAUGGGAAACUCAUUUCCCUGGAGAGGAGCGAUGCGGAGAGGAACCUCACCAGCCACUGUGAGAAGCAGAGUGCCAACCACAAGCCUGCCUACGACCAGGGUGGCCCGGUGGAAAUCUUGCCUUUUCUCUACCUUGGUAGUGCCUAUCAUGCUUCCAAGUGCGAGUUCCUCGCCAACCUGCACAUCACGGCCCUGCUCAAUGUAUCCAGGAAGAGCUCUGAGUCCUUUCAAGACCAGUACUGCUACAAGUGGAUCCCCGUGGAAGACAGCCACACGGCAGACAUCAGCUCACACUUCCAGGAAGCCAUUGACUUCAUUGAUUAUGUCAGACGAGCAGGGGGCAAGAUCCUGGUGCACUGUGAAGCGGGGAUUUCACGCUCUCCCACCAUCUGCAUGGCGUACCUCAUGAAGACAAAGAAGCUGCGCCUGGAGGAGGCCUUUGACUACAUCAAGCAGCGCCGGAGCCUGAUCUCACCGAACUUUGGUUUCAUGGGACAGUUGCUACAAUAUGAGUCAGAGAUCCUGUCUUCCACCCCCAGCCCUCCCAUUGCCUCGUGCAAAACAGAAGCCGCCUCUUUCUUUGCAGAAGAACUGACGUUAGGCAAAAAUUUUGAAGGCUCGUGUUUCGCCUUCCCUACCUCAGUGCUGAGUUCUGUGCCCAUCCACUCCCCUGUCCACCCGCUGAAGCUCAGCCCUAUGACAGCUUCUUCAUCCUGCUGAAUGCCCUGGAGCCCUCAGAGCCCAACUGUGACCCUAAUGAUAAUAUUUCAUGAACGUGCAAUAGAGAAAACUCACUGACUUAGUCCGAGGCGGUCCUUGUGGGUGAUACUUCCCAUACACUGACUGUGAGGCGCAAGUGCUCUACGUGUGGCAGGUUUUCUGAACUUUUAAUGUUGUUUUGUGAGGUUGUUUUUGUUUUUUAGUACUUUUCUAGGUUUUUAUCCAGAGCGUGCAGCCACUACUGUAUUUCCGGAUUCCUGGGGAGCAAUGAGAAAUCCAUUUCAGGUGUUCUCAGUCCCCACCUUUUUUGUUUUUUGAGAAGAACCUUAUUUAAAGUUUCAAGCAAUAAACAGCAGCAGUGGGGGGGAAAAACAAAACAGAAAGCCCUUCUUGCACCUGAAGAGAUGCAUUUCUCAAGCUUUCCUCCCCACUCAUGCCCUGUUUCAGGGAGCAGAGUGCCAGGGCAGCAGAGCUCUCUGCCUGGCUGCUGCUGUGCACCCAGGUGAAAAUCCUCUGUCCUGUUCUGGGCUCUGUGGUGUCAGGUAGUGACCUCAGUGUAACUGGAGACCAAAAGGACCAUGGAUCCCUUCAGGUGUGUCAUUUCCUGUACUCCUGCACUUGCCUUUGUACUUGGCAUGCUUUUGACUGAUGCCGAGGGACUUAAACUAUCAGGCUACCCUGCUAAGCUAUUAUAAUCCCAUCUGUUGUUUAAGAACGGCCCUAGAAUACUUGAAUGUCUCCACAACCCUCAGUCAAGUUACUUCCCAUCAGAUGACACUGCUGCUGCUGUAUUUUACACCAAAAAAUAAGACGAGCUUGGCUUUCUGGUCUCUUCCCAAGCAUUUCUGACAUGCGUUGUGUGUGGUAAAGUGGUCUUGUUCAGUGUUAUGUGGCUUGCUUAGUGCGUGGUCACCUCCAGCCAGCCUUCAUCUGUGAGAUCUGGAUUCACUGCAUUGAGUUUGUGUCUGCAGGGAGCUCGGAACGAGCUGCUCUCUUUGUCUGUUGACCUUUUUAUUUUUUAUAUGUAAUACAUAUGGGAAACGGCAAUAAUUUCCAGAAGAUCUCGUGAAUGUGAAAGAAAGUCUGCAAUGGUUUUUAUGGAGUGUAAAAAAAUAAUCAUAAUAAUAAUAAAAAACAAAACCUAUGAGGAAAAGCAAA